UAGCGUGGAAGGGGAAAUGGGACGUGUACCCUGUUUUGUUAAAAGAGUACACAGUGCCUCGCUGUCUAGCAUGUGAAGAAGUUGUGGCUUUCCCUUCUCUCUCUCUCUCUCUCUCUCUCUUACAUGCAUCCACUAUUUGAUUCAUUCGCAUACGGAGCCGAACAGGGGAGAAACAGGACAAAACUAGUCUAGGAUUUCAAUCUGAUUCUCUUUGUUUUUUUCCACCCCCUCCACUCUUCUAUUUUACCUCAUUACUUGCUCAAACUCCUUGUAGAGUGACAUAAUAUCUCUUUUUUCUUGGUAAAAGAGGCGCUUGUAGUUGUAGAGGGAAAUUCCCUUUUUGUUUUGCAAAGCAGAGGAAAAUGGAUGUGUUGGCUUCAGAAUGCAGCAGCGGCUGUGACUCCGGUUGGACUUUGUACUUGGAACAAUCUUUUCUUUCUCAAAAUAGUGGGUUUAUUAAUGGGAAAAGUGGUUUUUGUGAUGACUAUAAAGAUAAAAGAGCUAUAGAAGAAGAAGAAGAAGAAGAAGAAGAAGAAGAGGACUUGUCAAUGGUUUCUGAUGCAUCUUCUGGCCCUCCUCAUCUCCCUGAAGACGAAGGUUACUUCAAUGAUGAUAAUGGGUGCUUUUAUCCUGCAUCCAAGGCAGCCACAGUGGCCAGGAAUGUUGGGAAAAGGCAGAAAAUCAAAGAACACCGACACCGUGAAGAUCAAGAACCGACUGCUUUUCUUGAUGACACUGCUAGUUCCCCUGUUAUCAAUUUAUCCGGGAACAAUUUCAGUCUGAUCAAUAAUCAACCUUCAAUGGACAGUGUCGUGGAUUUUUCUCAAGGUUUCUCAGCAACUCAUUUCGAGGGGACAACAGCUUUCCAAGACCACUAUGGUUUCUUGAAGUCCUCCCUAUCUGCAAACCAACUUCAGAACAACCAGUGGUUUGGAGGGAAGAGGUUGGGGAUGAGAUGAGGUGAUUUCCCUGGUUCUGCUGCUGAUGUGUUUGUUACUAAAAAGGUUGCUCUGAAUGAAAUGGUGGGAUGGUUGUCAAAGUAAAAGGAACUGGAUCUAAAAAGAGAUCUUGUUCCUGUUCUUUUCUUUUCUUUCCUUUCCUUUAACCUGCAAUGCAGUGGGAAACAAUAUGAGAGAGGAGAAGUUGGAAAUAAAGUUCUUGUUUGCAAAUUAAUUCCUUGUCAAUGAAUAGUGGAUACGAAUCAGUUUUGUCUUUUAGGCCGUCCCUAUGCUACCUUGCCAGCUCUUGUUUUUCAUGGAGCCCCAUGCACUCUUUAUAUCAGCACUUGCAUCUUUAAACUGUAUUAGCUAUCCAUAUUUCAAACAAUAAUGACAGCAAGAGUUGGAGAUGAUUGCCUGUGGCUAUA